AAAAAACACUGGUUUGACGCAAUAUACGAUACAAAAACAGCCACUUUCCAUAACCUGUUUGCGUUUCUUUAUUAAAAAUCUCACAAGUAUGUACAUAUAAGAGCUUUCAUCUUUAGCCAGAAACGUUGCUAAAACAGUUACAACUCUUCUCGAGCCCCUGUCUCUUCAUACACGACUUAAAUCGAAAGUUUGAAAACCUCAGGAUCUCUCGUGUAAACGUUGCGCGUCUAAGACCGCUUGAAAAUCUGAAGAUCGUGAUCGCGAGAACCCUCGGGGCAAGGACUCAAUAGUUACUCUACUGGAAGGCCGUGUAAAUGCAAUCUUCGAGCACUUGCACCCUCUCAUCGAGGGCUCAGGUUCCCGCUAAACCCAAUAUUAUUGGAGGGUGGAGACGCUCGCGUUCCCUCGAGCCGGCUUUCAGGGGUAUUACACCGGCGAUAUCGACGUACCCCAUAGCGCCGGCGCCACCCACGAAAAGGGAGAGAUGCAGAGAACACGGAAAGAGAAGAGAAACAGCGAUAUCUGUCGGCACGAGGGGAGGGAGAGUUCGUUCCAGCAUCUCACUCGACUUUUCCGCCUCAGUGCGAGGAUGGACCGGCGUUGCGACGCUGCGCGUCGUCGACUCUCGACGGGUGUACACGAAUCGUCGGCGAAAGGACAAAGGAAAUUAGAAAAAGGGAACAUGUAACGAUCUCGUGAUACGUUAGCUACGAAAAUCACAAAAGUCUUCCAUUAGAGUAUAGUCCAUCGAUAUUAGUAGUCGUAAGUGUUAAGUCGUCGCGUUUAAGUGUAACUAUCCUAAGGUACGUAAGAUCAGAAAAAAAGAUAUAAUACGUGCUCGAAUAAGGCUAAUUUUUUGAUCAAAGAAUUUUUAUGCUGGGGACAAGAACCUCACGUGUCUGAAAGGGAUCAAAUCCAUGAAUUUUGUCCCGAAUAAUCCAUGUGUCUCCAAGUCAACGAGUAAUUAAAUCGACGAUAAUUAAGAAAAAGCUGUACACGCACAGUGUACGACGAUAGUGUGCCUGAUCCGAAGUCUUCCUUAGUCUAAGCUAGAAUACAGCCAUAUAUUCUUACACGAGCCACAUACAUCUAUACACUACUGUACAAACGCGUGAAAAGCACAAAGAAUCGUACAACGGAGAAGAAUAGUCUGCUGGUUGAUGGAGCAAUCCCAAGUGGAAAUGAAGUAAGAAGGGAUGAUUUAGGGAGAAGCUCGUUUCAGCGUUGAUUACUCUGGGGAGAAGCAAUCGAUCAAACGACACUGCGAAAAAAAACUCUAUUCAACGGAGAGGGAGGAAAUAAAGAAUCCAGCGCGAGAGACGAAAACUGACGUUUCCCGUCAUUGUCACCGGAUGAUUGUUCUUGCAGAGAAGCUUUGAAUAGAGAAGCAGCGGGGCUGUAAUCGUGGGAGGAAGCCAUUACCUGCGCCUCCACCCCCAUCCCUCUUCCGCCCUCCUAAACUAUCAAAGUCUCCCUCGAAAAGGGGAUUAAGCUGCAUCGGAAGUACUUGCACAGCGUGGCCCAACCGGCAGAGCUCCUUAGCGUAAAUUAGCGGCCGAUCGCCCUUAAUGCUCAUCUAAUUACUCGGCCGUUAAUUAUUCGGGCCGGAGGGGCUGCCUGGUGGUCUGGCAAAUUGGAUGUUGAACGAAAUGAAACGAUUCGACGACAACGAUACCGGAAACUACCUACACACCGCGGAUCUUUAUUAACCGGACAUUGUCUCGUCCCUGUAGUUAAGAUCGAAGUAUUCCGUUAAAGAAGCUUGUUAAAGAAACAUCCAAGUAAUGAAGGGAUCAAACAUCGUGCUUAGACGUAGAGAAGAAAGUUCGCAGGGAAACCAAGUUUAAGAGGAUCCAGACACGAUUAUUAGUUUAAGAGGAUCAAACGAACGAGAAGCGUUCAGUUGCCUGUUUAUACUCGAGGAAUGACUAUGUCCGUAACGGUGGCUCCCCUGAAACCGGCACGUGGACGCGGUCCAGCCGAUGGACGCGCCUUCUUCGAGACCCUGUGGCGUGGCAAUUUUUUCCUGGACAGACAGAAGGUCGCCAAACGAUCAAGGAAACGAAAAUUACAAGCGGCGAACGGAAAGAAACGGGCACAGCUGCAAAUGCGACAGCAUUGUUGCUGUUGUCAACGCAUACAACUGCAUCUUCUCGCCGGACGGCGAAGCAACGUACGCUCCGUCGUCAGCGUUCGAGAGACACACCAGAUUGCCGAGGCGCAACAAGAGAAAAAUGCCAAGCUACGAGAAGCCUUCGGUAUAUCGGAGUUCUUCGUGGAAGGAAGUAGCCUAGAUCCGGAGAGACACGCGCGCGAGGCGGAGGCAAGAGCGGCCGCUAGCAAAGUGUACGAACUGGUGCGAACACCUAGCCCAGUGCCAAACACGACCUCCUCCCCGGAGAAAAAGAAGAGAAAACGAUCCGGUAGCACGAUCAAGAAGAAAAAGGGGAAGAAGCACAAGAAGGAAAGGUCGGAAUCGCCAAAGGCUAGUAAGAAAAAAGAAAAAUCUAAGAAGAAGAAAAAGGAGAAGAAACACAAGAAGACUGAGGCUAGUUCCUCUGAUAGUGAUUCUAGUGAAGCUUCGGAUGAUAGCAGUUCUUCUGAAACUGAAUCAAAGAAGAAAAAGAAAAAGAAGAAGAAGAAAUCUAAAGCAGAGGCAAAAGAAAAACAUGAGAAGAAGAAAGUAGCUGUCAAGAGGAAGCAUCAGUCAUCUGACAGUUCGACAGACAGCUCGUCAGAAAGGCCAAGGAAGUCUAUGAAACAUGACAAAGCCGUGGAAAAGACUAAGAACGACGAGGCAGCGAGUACGACGAAAGAAUCUCGAUCGAAUCGCUCGCCAAAGAAGCAAGAGAAGGGUCGAAAUGAAACUCCGCCCCCUAAAAAGAAAGAUUCUCCCAUCAAAAAGGUUGUUCCAGAGAAAAAGGAUAAAUCACCGGUUGUUGUACACAAGAGUCCUCCACCACGGCGUCACAGAUCACCGUCAAGAAGUAGAAUCGAUAGAGGAAGAUCUCCUAGAAGGUAUUCGAGGUCACGACGAAUCAGUCCUUCGCCUAGAAGAAGGAGAAUCUCAAGAUCUCCUAGAAGAUACAAUAGAUACUCGAUAUCUAGAAGCAGGAGUCGGUCGAGGUACGAUCGUUACGGAUCACGGCGCAGAUUAUCGCCUCCUCCUAGGCGUCGAAGGUCUGAUUCGCGAAGGAGAUCGAGGUCACCGAGAAGGCAAAGAGAUAGACGAGAGAGGUCGAGAGAUCGUCGUAGAAGUCGCAGUAGGACAAGGAGUAGAUCUAGACGAUCCACCUUGAGCUACUCUCCCGUGAGGAAAAAUCCAGAACGGUACAAACACAUAUCGGAGGAGAAGAAGAAGCGAGACGAGAAGAAGAGUCGCGACAGCAAACGAAAGUCCCGGUCGAGUUCCAGGGCACGAAAAAUGAGAACGAUUACUCCAAGGGUUAGGCUACGAUCUUCCAGCGAGGAUGAAACCGAUAUAGCAGACGACGAGCCGAAACCGGAGGACGAAGAAAAGAUGAAAGAGUUGCACACUCUGAAACGUUUACAAAGUGGAUUAGCCGCGAAAGCUCGAGAAUCCCUUGGAAAGAAGGCAAUAAAUCCUAUUAAGGUUAAGGAAGAGAAGAAGGAGGAUAGUGUACUUGAUAUAGCUUUACCAAAUGACCCACCGAAAAUGGUACAAAACCCUAUUGGUCCCGUCGAAGAAAAGUCUAAGUCAAAAUCACCCGUAUCAUCUCAUCUACCCGCUAUUCAGUCCCCAGUGUCAAGUAGAUCACCUUCGCCCGCGUUACCGUUGACACGAGAAGAGGCAGCCAUAAAAAUACGAUCUCCCAGUGAAUCACCUCCUCCGUUAUCACAAGUAUCCAAUAAAGUAACCUCAAGGUCCCCCAGCGUAGCAGCCGAAGCGAAUCACCAGGAAUCGUCUCCUAGUACUCCUAAGAAGAAAUCCCCGCUUAUUUUAGCGUUAUGGUUAUACGGAUCAUGGAAAUGUUCAUCACAGGGCAAAUCACCACCACACUCACCACCCCCAGCAAUUGCUGACAAGGAUGCAACGAUAAAAAUACGUUCACCCAGUGAAUCACCACCUCCGGUACCAAACAAUGUGAACAAGUCGAAGCAGCGGUCUGCAUCUCCAUCUACGUCAAAGAAGAACUCGCCUGUUUCUAAAAAGCAUUCUCCAAGAGGCAAAUCCUACUCUAGGUCACCUUCUAGAGCGCACGCAAGAUCUACGUCCGCAGAGAAAAGGUCUUCCAGAUCGCCCAGGCAACGUUCGAGGUCCCUUUCCAGGGAGAAAAAAUCACGUUCCCCAACAAGGAGCAAGAAGUCUGUAUCUCCCAGGCACAAGUCUUCUGUAUCACCCUCCAGAUCCAAGAAGUCACCGAAGUCACCGACUAGGUCGAAGAGGUUAACCAGGUCAAGAUCUUCUUCGGAAUCCAAACACUCGGCUUCAAGGUCGCCCUCGCGUUCGAAAAAGUCCCCUUCUCGUUCCCCAGAGAAAUCAAGGUCCAGGAGUAGAACCAGGUCGUUGUCGAAACGGUCCAGGAGUCGUUCGUUAUCGAAGAAGUCCAGGAGUAGGUCGUUAUCGAAAAAAUCACGAAGUCGGUCGUUGUCGAAGAAAUCUAGAAGUCGAUCUUUAUCGAAGAAAUCGAGGAGCCGGUCACGGUCACUCUCCAGGAUAUCACGGGACAAAGAAAAGAGAAGUCGCUCUAGAAGCAGUUCACGUUCUUCUUUAAGUUCAAGACAUAGUCGUAGAAGUUUCUCUAGUUCUUCGCGAUCAUCGAGCAGUGUCUCUAGCAGGUCUUCUCGUUCAACAUCCAGCAGUUCGGCCUCUAGCAGGUCACGUUCUCCGUCGAUACCUCGACGUCACGGUUCACCUAGUUUCUUAGAUAGACGUCGUAUUACAAGAGACAGAUCGAGGGACAGGCAUAGAAGAUAAAGUUACGGCUUGGCACAGAUGUUUCUUUUAUUUUCCUACGAUUAUAAUGUAGUAGUAAAGAGAAACGUUAUAUAACGCAUACAUACCGGAUUUCACUUUGGUACAAGUAAAUGUCGGAAAACAAACAAAUAGUUUAAUAAUUAUUGAAUAAGCGUGAUCGUUCAGAUCGUGUCGUUUUAUUAUAGUUCCGUAAAUAGUAUAAAAUAUUAUAACUUUAACGAUAUAACUGCAAGUAAUUUUCUAAGGGAUUAUUUUAGGCGCUAUGAAAAUUUCUACUUUGUAAACGAUAAGUUCGAUCGCCGUUACUACAUUUUGUUUUUAUAGAGUGAACAUAUAUAUUUACUCUAUCGAAUUGAUAAUACGAACUUUAUUUCGUCAAACAAGUAUAUUUAUGUUUGUAUGAUUUUUCUUUCGUUCCUUUUUUUCUUCAUUUUUAUCUAAUUGCUUAUAAACAAUCUACCGACAUCAUGUAGAUGUAGCAUGCGUGUAUUUUCCUUAUAAAUUAUUGUAAAUUAAACAUUUACAGUAGAAGUUCUCUUUUAUUUUAUGUCAGUCACAAAAUAAAAUGUAUUUACCGCUAUGAAGCAAGCCUC